AUGACUCACAGCCAUGCGUUUACGGUGGACGCCCUAAAUCGUGCGGCUCGUAGCAAUAUGCGAUGGUACCACAACAACCUGGUGCGUGUCCUCGAGAAUGCCAAGGAGAAACACGCGCGAGACAUAGACCCGCAGAUUGUUCAGGCUCAUCAACUUAUUGGGAUACUAGACGAGAAGGUGGACUUACCAGUAGUAGUGCCACUCCGAGAGGUCGAGCACUCACAAGACGACAGUCUGAUGAAGCCAAUAGAAAAGGAAGUGCUGGAUAUAUUCUACAAAAGCACAGAAAAAGGUGGCGACACGCGGUAUCUGCACGAGAGAGUCAAGAAAAGACCAGAGGACAGGUUCUUCUUUCGAAUAGUCUCAAGCUGGGACUACGGUUGGCAGCAGAAGCAGUCGCGCGUGCCGGCGCGUGACGUCAACUACGGCCGCUGCUACCUGCUGCGUGACACGUUCUAUCGCAAGAACAACGUCGGACCAGACCCGCCGCACUACGCCCAGCCGUCCGGCGGAGAAGUGACCAUAUGCAGCGAAUAUGCUUGCAACCCCACCUAGUAUCCAAUGGCCUAUGCACGAAUUUACUAUCAAUAUAUUUAGGGCUGAAGCACACCCCGGAACACAUACUUACCUAUAUAAGAUCACGACUAUAUCCCAGUCCCAGUAAAAGGUACAUCCAUCGCAAGAUGAACUAAGUACCCACAC